UUGGAGGCAGGCUUUUAUGCAUUCGUGUGGACAGUCUCCAGACUUUGGACUCUUCAACUUUUGGAACGAAAAGUCUUACAGAACUUCAGCCAUUAUCCAACAUGCGGCUCUUAUUUCUACUCUCUUUGGUAAUGAGCUUAUGUAGCUGCCAUCCUGCUUCAGUGUUUAUAAGGAGGAAAGUGGCUCAUGGAGUCCUCAGUCGAGCGAAGCGGGCAAACUCUGGUUGGUUUGAGGAGCUGAAGAUGGGCGACCUGGAGAGAGAGUGCAUAGAGGAGAAAUGCUCUUAUGAGGAGGCCAGAGAGGUGUUUGAACACACCGAAGCAACAAAUGAAUUCUGGAACAACUACAAUGUUAAAAACUACUGUCUGACAUCCCCAUGCAAUAACAAUGCAACCUGCACACAGAUGAAAGACUCCUAUGCAUGUCUGUGUCCAGCAGGUUUUCAUGGGCGUAACUGUGAGCAUGUAAUUAAAAAUAUUCCUGACUCUUGCCUCGAUAAGAAUGGCGGAUGUGAACAUUUUUGUGAGGACGAACUGACGGGACGCAACUGUUCCUGUGCAGAUGGGUACUUCCUUGGGACAGAUGGACAAAGCUGUCUGACACACGAGACAUUUCCUUGUGGUAAAGUACCACUUCUCAAUGAGCACGUCACUAAAAAACAUUUACAUGACCGAAGAGCUCGAAUAGUAGGAGGGACUGAAUGUCCUAAAGGACACUGUCCAUGGCAGGUCUUGCUAAAGUAUGGUGAAAAGGGGUUCUGUGGUGGAGUGAUCUAUAAGCCUACAUGGAUCAUCACAGCCUCUCAUUGUUUAGAAAAGUUUGCGGUCAAGUUUCUCAAGAUAGUUGCAGGUGAGCAUGACAUUGAUGUGAAUGAAGGUUCAGAACAAACUAUAGAAGUGGAGGAGAUGAUUAUGCACCCCAAUUACGUCUCAGCAACAGCAGAUAAUGACAUCGCUCUCCUCCGUCUCCGUCAUCCCAUCGUCUACGGUAUGUACGCAGUACCUGUGUGCCUCCCUCGCAAAAUAAUGUCAGAACGAGAGCUGUGGAGAGUCCGCUUACACACCGUUAGUGGAUGGGGACGACGUGCAGAGGAAGGUCCAACAUCACGAUUUCUCCGGAGGCUCCAGGUGCCCCGUAUACACACAGCGGACUGUCGUAGGGAAAGCAACAUCUCGCUAUCUUUGAACAUGUUCUGUGCUGGCUACUUCGAGGGAAAAGAGGACUCGUGUAAAGGGGACAGCGGUGGACCACUUGUCACCUCUUACGGGAAUACCACGUUUCUCCUGGGCAUUGUGAGCUGGGGCAAAGGAUGUGCUCGCCCAGGUCAAUACGGCAUUUAUACACGUGUGUCCAAUUACCUGGGGUGGAUCCAGAAACGCACAGCAGCUCAAGUCAACAACUAAAAGUGUGUCAGUGGGAAAGAUUGUCCAGCCGACUGUGUGUUUUUAUUAUAAUUAAUUCACUAAUCUUAGAUUUAUUUCACAUGGUAGCUUGCCAACAUGGAUUAUAAGCAAGGUGCACCAAGAAAACAUGAAUUCUUACACUAUCUAGUGCUGCCUGGUGCCUGACACAGCUCAUGUCACGUGGCCUUGAUUUAUUAUUGUUUACAGUAAACUUGACAGAGAGGAGUUAAACAGAUGUGCAAAGUAGGUCACUCACAGUAAAAUGAAUUACACAAUAAUUUUCAUCUUAUUCCAACUUGCAGCAAUUGUACUUGAUCUUUAUUUUUGUAUAAUAUAUGAUUCAGGUUUUUUUUUUCAUAUCUGCUCUGUCUGUAAGCUUGAAAUAUUCAGAAAUAAACGAGAGGUAAUUUAA